ACGUAUGACGUACAUACGUCCAUGCACGUGUGUGCGUUGUGUAUAUGUGACGCGUUGACAUUUGGCGUCCACGUUGAAAUAUUCAUCUGUCGCGCGCGACGACGUAAAUACGUUCCAUUUCCAAAGUUCGCGCGGUUCGGAGUCGCUUCGGUUAUCGUUUCGAUUAUCGAAGUCGCGUCAGGCGAGUGGCACGUCUGUCAACACAAACGCGAAACGGAGCGAGAGACGUUUCGCUUUUGAAUCGCGCCAAGGGAGAUAAUCUUGACCGGGGAAACGGACGGAGAUCGCCGGUCGCGAGAGGACGACGUUUCGCGCUCGUCGAGGAAGUCGGGGUCUUCGCCGGAGCGUCUCUCCUUCAGGCUCCCGAGAUGCGUGGUAUCGUCACAUGGGAAGAAGACGACUAGACGGCUUGUCAACGAUCAAUAGUGUCGCGAAAAAUGACCUGGUGACUCAUAUAUCGUCGAGGAUUUCCCGCGAAUCAUGGUGUCCGGGGAGAACGAGAGGCUUUUGCCGGAGCCUGACAAUUACGCCAAGUGUUUCUACGAUCUCUUCAGGAACAUCGCCGAGGCGCAGAGGAAUAAGGGAGAAUGGAGGAAAUGUAAGAAAAAUAAAGCUAUUCGUAAACGGGACAAGAAAAAGAUUGAUUUAAAUGGAGAAUUAAAUUACAAUAAUCCACCAGAGAUAGAAACGUCUUGUAAUGCUUCAGCAUUUGCUGUAUUUGCUAGUGUGAGAAAUGCGAUUCUAGAGAAACAUACAAAAUUGUCAAGUGAAGUUUAUAGAACGUCAAACUGUAAUUCUCCACCACCUGAUCUUAGUGAUACUAUAGAUACAGAAAGUGAUGAUGAAGAUAGAAUAUCAACUAUACAAAACUUACCAAAGAUUGUAGGUAUUGGUUUAAGAAGUGUUUUUACAUUGAUGCGUGAGAGUAGAACAAUUGAUCCAAUCUUAUGUACAAAAGCAUUAUCGGCUUUAUUGGAUGUUUUACAAGGGCAACUACCAGAAGGCCUCAAAUUCGAACCAGACGAUGUUAUUGAUCCUCUAUUCGAUUUAUUACUGGAUCUCGCAACAUCUCAUGGUCCCGAAUCAGCCGCAGCCAAUGAUGGCAGUCAUUUGACAGCUGUUGCUUGCGCAUGUUUGUUGAGCCUUGUUGUGGUUAGAGGAGACACUGGGCGCUUGCUAGCGGCUAUAGCAGCUUUGCUUAUGUCUCCCAGAGCAUUAGCGAUACAAAAUAUUCAGAUGCCAUGUGUAUUAACGUCUCUGCAGAGAAGCGUUCAUGCUGUUUUAUUAGGUAAACUCGUGAGACCAGAUUGGAUUACAUAUGGAGUUCCUAAGUGUUCCAAGAUACAUACCUCUACGCUUAAGUUACCAAAUGAGAUGAACAAUAUGGUAUUGAAUGAACGUAGUUUUGUGAGCGAUGGAAAGUAUUUAUAUUUGCAUACAUCUCGUGGUUUGUUGAAAAUUGGAAGUGGCCAUGGUGGUACAAUAUGGGGACAUAUAUACAUACAUAAAGCAGAUUUUUAUCCAACAGAAAUAGGAUGGCUUGGUUAUGCUAAUAAUUCGUUAUAUUUCAAAUGUGCACCCAGGAAACAGAGUGAAUUAUUAAUUAUUAAUGCAGAAACGCUUGUAGUAACAGGAAUUGCCGUGUUGGAAGGAAAAGAUUGGUCAGCUUCUGUCAUGUUCUCUGAUGGCGAAAAUUUAGGAAUGAUAACAGCAGGCAAAGAUGAAGGCUUUGUAGUGCGUACAAUAAAUACGCUAAGUAAUCCUGUAACAGUUGCCUCUGAAUUGCCGCUGAAAUUAGCAAGAAAAUGCGUAGAUAUAUUUGGAUAUGCUUCAUUUGAUGAGGAACAAACGAUACAUACUUUGAAUCCGGGAUGCGAUGAUGAAAUUUCAAUGGUUACAGCAGGGAAAGAAUUUGGUUUACUAAAAACAGUGUCUGGAAAAUUAUUAUAUAGCGGAAAGGGAACUUGUCUAGGCAUGAAAAGUAAUACAAGACCUAACAGAUGGUUAGAGCUUACUUUUGGUAAAAGUCCUAGAAUUGCGCAUUUUGCGGCAGGUCAUGAUGGUCAGCAUGUUGUAAUGGUCAUGGAAGAUGGUUCUGUAUUAUUUACUGGCACUGCUAGACGUGGAGAAGAUGGAGAUAGUAAUAAAGCUCGUAGGCAACCAAAACCGGUAAAACCAAAGAAAAUGGCAAAAGUAGAAGGCCAGUUUAUCGUUGACGCCGCUUGCAAUAACGGAUCUACCGCUUUAGUCACGAAAGACGGCUCUCUAUUAAUGUUUGGCAAAGAUACACUACAUAGCGAUCCAGUAACGGGAUUAGUUACCGAUUUAAGAGACGUGUGUAUAGUUCGCGUAUCGUUAGGGAAAGCUCAUGCCGCUGCAUUAACAAAUAAAGGACAUUUAUAUACUUUUGGUAUAAAUAAUAAAGGACAGUGUGGUCGCGACUCGGCGACAGUGCAUACCGUGAACAAAGAAAUGUCAGUGGUUGCAAUGGAGAUGGGCACAGGGGAAGAUGAACUGAUAAUAGCGGAAGAAGAAAAUGUGGAUCCUGCAGAAGAUUGGGAAGAAACGAGAGGCAUGUGCCAACCAGGGCAACAUCAAUGGAGGCAUCGUGUUUGCAUGGUUUGCACGAUAUGCAGAGAAUGUACCGGCUACAGUAUAUCAUGCUUGAGUAGUAUACGCCCCGAUCGAAAUCCUGGCCAAGAGUGCGGAUGCGGAGAAGGAGAUAGCGGAUGCGCGGAAUGCGGAUGUUGCCGCACGUGUGCGAGAAAAAGUUGCAGCAAUGGCUUAUCGGGCUCCAACUUUCGCGAAUAUUUGCAGAGACGAUUGGGCGAGAUAAAGCAACGGCAAAGAAGCAAAGCAGGACCGAGUACCGUUAAAUAUGGAGUAAAAAUCAAAAGCUCGAAUAAUCAACGUAUCGCCGGCUCCAGUAUCGCGCAAAAAGGAUUUCUGGAAAGAGUUGCAUUGGGAUUGAGCGGUAAUCUCGCGGCCGAAGAAGGCGUCGGCGGUAGCGAUGUGGAGCGGGGAGACGCUGCGAGAAUUGCCAGUAUAUCACCGGCCAGAGUUCCCAUUCCCAGCGAGAGUCCCGUGAUUCAAGUAUCUUGCGGUUUACAUCAUACAGUGUUACUUUUGCAAAACGGAGAAGUGUACACGUUUGGUAGUAACAUAUACGGUCAGUUAGGCGUCGGGGAUUUAGUGGCGCAUGCGGGACCGGUUCAAGUUAAGUUGCCAACUAUUGCUACCCAAGUAGCUUCUGGGAGCAAUCAUACCGUUAUACUCACGUCCAAGGGCGAAGUUUACACUUUCGGCGCGUAUCAAAAGGGACAACUCGGCAUGAAUUGGUGGAACGACCAAAAUGAAUCUACGAAUGUUAGUUCCCAGGUAAAUCGUCGCGCCGAUCGGUCUCAACCAUGGCAUAGUUUUCCAAAUGUAGUUCCAAAUAUCGGUCCUCGAUGGGGUAGACGGGCGACGUGGAUCGGCGCCGCCGGGGAUCAAACUUACGUUAAGAUAGAUGAAAUUAAUUCCAUCAGUUUGACGAGAAGUACCGUUAUGGCGAAUAAGAAUUGCAUUAUUUUAAUACCUCAUCAAAACGAGCACGCGAAUUCUUUCAAGAGUUUGGUGAUAAGUAAACGCGACGGUACGUGCAACAGUUAUAACGGCGCGGAUCAGGUCGAUUUCAGCAACUGUGCAGCGUGUUUGGAUCCUUUAUACAACGUUAUUUGGACUUUCAAUUCGGUGAAUAACGAGAUAAGCUUGUACAAUAUAACAUCUACAGAAACUCGGACGAUACCCAGUUUGGAAGCAUCUAUACUCAAUCCAGGCUUGGCGCUCCCGGUUGUUUCGACUUGUUUCGUAACGCGUUCUCAAGCAGCGAUGCAUUUAUUAGCUUGCUUGGAUACAUUGACGCAGGCUCAGGAUGAGAACUUAUCGAUAGUCGAAGAAAACGAAUGUAAUCAAUCAACACACGGCAAGGUUUACAGCCGCGAAGAUUACGCUACCGUCAGCAGAUUUGAAAGUCAUGGCGGAGGAUGGGGUUAUUCCGCUCAUUCGAUCGAAGCGAUUAGAUUUAUGCCAGAUACAGACAUUAUAUUAGGAGGAUAUGGUUUAUUUGGCGGUCGAGGUGAAUAUACCGCGAAGAUAAAGCUCUUUGAUAUCGGAAUUGAUGGCGGAGAUCAAGAGAACGACGGGGAGCUUCUCGCGGAGACAGAAGAGAUCCCAUACGAAUGCGGACCAAGACAGAAAUAUUCAAUUCUGUUUGACGAACCGAUUUCCUUGCAAGCAAACAGGUGGUACGUGGCAUGGGCUAAAGUCGGCGGACCUUCCAGCGAUUGCGGUUCCGGUGGGCAAGGAAUGGUCACGGCCGAGGAUCAGGUGAUGUUUUAUUUUAAAUCGUCUAAAAGAUCUAACAACGGCACCGAUGUCAAUGCCGGUCAAAUUCCGCAAUUGCUAUAUCGUAUUGUCACACCUGAAAAUCAAACAUCGAACAGACAGAGAGAUCAAAUUGAACCAAUCUACGUUUUGAAGAGAGAAUUCAGUAGAACUGUUACAAAGGAAUGUUUCCAGUCCUUGAUAUCUCUUCUUCAAUGGAGCUGGAAUACAUUGAAGGCAUCACUGGCCGACGCGGCUGUUCAUAUCGCGUCAUCGACUCACGCGUUGCUCGAGAUGGAGCGGUUAGUGUACAUAAGUAAAGCUAGUCUAAGAUUACUCAGAACGUAUACCAAUGAAAUUUAUCCUAAUCAUGUUGUAAAAAAGAGUCCUCCCGAAUCGGUGCGUCUAGCGGAAUGUAUAGGUGAAGUACGGGCGUUAUUGCGUCAAAUCUUGUCCGAUUCCUUGCCGAUCACUCUAAAGACUAAAGGGAAAACGCGAUCGAAUAAGAAUUCCAAUAGUACCUUGGGAAAUAAGAUGACGAACAAUAUAUUGGACGAAUGUCACAAGACGUUUGUAGCUUGUUAUCAUGCAUUUUAUCCUACUGCGUAUCUCAAAUGGACGUGCUUGUGCGAAUUAUUAUCGGAGAUCGAUAAAGAACAAGGUACAACUACGAAGGAUCGUCUUCUCUCCGCCGUGCUAGCCUCGUUGUGCAAUUCGGCGAUACGACUCAGGUGUACAUUUCCUAUUUUGAGCAACAUCAUGGAUAGCAGCGACAGCGUAAAACGGCAGCUCAGCCCAUCCGACAAUGCCGGUCUGCUUAUGAUGAAUUCUACAGAGACCCAUCAAUAUCCGAUUUUGGUCGAACAAAUCAGCUACAAGUCCCAAGUAGAAAGCGCUAGCAAGGAAAUCUUGAAUUGGUCGUUCCGCGAAGUACUCGACAGACUACUGGAUCUGAUAUUAAUACCGAUCAAGAGAAGUCUUUGUAGAGAAAAGACUCAAUCUCUGCCGGAAUUGGUUCUUCAUUGCUGUUAUCUAUUGGCGCGAGUCAUCGCCGAAUUGGCCGCGCAAUCGAGCGGAAACGAAGACGAACUGCAAGCGGCUUGCGGUAGGCUUAUGUAUACCACACCGUCGAGAUUCACGAGAACAAAUCAAUCAAGAUCGUGGAAUACGGGUAACGGUUCUCCGGAUGCUAUCUGUUUUUCUGUUGAUAGACCAGGCAUCCUUAUAGCCGGUGUUGGUAUUUAUGGAGGUGCAGGAGUAUAUGAUUACGAAUUGGAAUUGCUAGAUGAUCAAAAUAAUACUGGUAACGAUCCAUCGCAUACUCAGCGUUGGAGCAGCUUAGAUUUUACAAGAGGCUCCUUUGGACCAGAUGACUGUGUUAAUGAUAUAGUAGAAUUAAAGUUUGAUAAACCAGUUCUUAUAAAAGAAAAUAUUAAAUAUGCUAUUAGAUUACGGAAUCGUGGAGGACGUACUAGUAAUGGUGAUGGUGGUUUGAGCGUUGUCAAAGGAGCGGAUGGUACAACGUUUACGUUUACAGCUUGUUCCCUGAGUUUUAAUGGCACAACACAAACUAGAGGUCAAAUACCACAUAUUUUAUAUUAUUCGAAUCCGCAAGAUUCCGAUGGGCAACACACGAAUAAAGCUAUGGCGGAAGUACAGGCGAGAAAAUGUACCCUUGCUAUGACUGCAACAAUCAUUCAACGAUCAAAUGAAAUUUUUUCUCUGGCGAGAGAAAGAGCAGAGGAAGUAAUAGCUAAUGAAGUCCUUGGUAACGCUGCUUUUGUAACGACUCUUUUGCCACUAGUAAUGGCACAUAUUAGUCCCUUGGCUACAUCAGAUCCUAGAAGCAGCGUGCAAAUCCUUACAUUAAUACAAGAGAUGUUGCCACACAUCGCAGCUCUAAAUUUACUAUCUACGAUGGGAGCGUCUCAAAUAUCCCAAGACAGCGAAACUCAAUCACACUUUGCUCCUCCAAUUACCACUAGUCAUCAUUAUACUUGGCUAGAGAGCGAACAUCCUUAUAAACCGGCGACAGUGUCGUAUUACAAAAUUACUUUUCCGGAAACAGUAAAAUGGCUGACUGUCGAAUUUACACCAGAGUGUGGAACAUCGCAACCCGAAGACUAUUUGCAGCUUUAUAUACCAAAUAUAAUCCUGAAUUCCUCAGCUGGGACAAUUGUAAAUAUUACGAACGAAGAUGCUCCUCUGUAUUGGCCAGUAUUGCAUAAAUUGAGCAAUGUUCAAAGUCAAUGGCCUCAAAACGCUGUUGUAUUACCAGGAAAUGAAGUGGUAUUUUCUUUGGAAACUGCAUCUGAUUAUAUGAAAAAUGAAAGCUCCAUUACAUAUGGCUUCAAAUGCUUAGUUAUCGGUUACGAUUGGAUUACAUCCGGCCAUGGUCUAAAGAAUUUAGAAAUCGAGUUAUCUUUUCUUGGUGGAGCGUGUGCUGCAAGUCUUAUGAAGAAAAAUUUACUGUUGCCUUCAGUAUCUUUGGAAGAGGUGGAAGAGGACUUGGAAUCGAUGCAGGAAACGGCAAAGAGGAUUUUCUCUGUACAUUCGGCUUUACUCGGACGAGGAUUCGCACUCGCGUCGCCCCCCACAGUUUCACAGGCUUUGGAUGGUGUGCUCCCGUACAGUUGUCACUCAAAUGAGCGCCUUUUCCUACGCGACUUCGUCUCCUGCUCAGCUGGCACCAGUGGUGGUAGACUCGCGCGAUGGCUGCAACCGGAUAGCUUCGUCGAUCCCUCCCAAUGCGAGGCGUUAUAUUCCCGGGAAGAAAUGAGAUGCGGAUGGCCGGCAAUCGUCACCGUGCUCACGAGAGAUCAAUAUGGAGAAGUCGUGCAUGUAUCCGGAUUAAAGAUCGAAGUCAAGGCGGUGCCAAUCGACAAGACAGACAUCACAGAAUCCGAUCAGAGCAGAAAAAUCCGCCGUGUUUCUCAACCGGACCCUCUGACCUUUGGCGGUCAUCCACAGCCCUCCUUGGAUGUCCCAUACGAGGUGACCAUCAACAAUAAAAUGUGCUUCUACGCCAUCACCAUCAUGAAAGCCUAUCAAAAUUAUUCGUUCGAGGAACUGAGGUUUAUGUCUCCCACCGUUAAGAGAUCCAGCGAGAGUAUGUUGGUCAGACCGAACGGCGAUGGCAGUUACAGUGCUACAUGGACACCAUCCUCCGUCGGUUGGUACUCGUUGAUGAUCACGGUGGACGGUUACAACAUGGAGGAUAAUUACAAAGUCGAAGUGAAGGAACCUCCGCAAGGUAUGCAACCGCCUACUCAAAACAUUGUCAAAAAGCCUCAGCUUCAGCCGAGCAGACUCAGGAAAUUUGUUGCGAAGAAUAGCGCUGGCUUGAGAAUACGAGCUCAUCCAUCUCUGCAAAGCGAACAAAUCGGAUUCGUCUCGGUUAACGGCACUAUAGCUUUCGUUGAUGAGAUUCACAACGAUGAUGGCGUUUGGUUACGUUUGAAUGCGGAGACAAUCAAGGAAUACUGCAACAGUAGUCAUCUUGAAGCCUGGUGCUUGCAGUACAAUCAGCAUUUAGGAAAAACUCUGCUCCUACCAGUGGAGGAACCAAAGUCUAUUCUAGAUCAAGUCAUCAAAGAAACUAUCCUGCGAAAGCGGCCUGAUACUGGUGACGACAAAAGAAAGAUGGUGACCUUCGAUGCCGGAAGAAGUAUGAUAGUCGUGAAAUGUGGAGCUUCCGGACACAAUAUUAGGAGUAAACCAAGCUUGAAAGCCGCGCCAAUUGGAAUGUUAGCGCUUGGAAAUACAGUGACUAUUCAAGAAUACUGCGUGAAUCACGAAGGAACUUGGGUGCGUAUCGAUGACGAUUCGGUGGCCAAGUAUUGUUUCGACAAGGGUCGAAGCACAGAGGCAUGGUCGCUCGCGAUCAACAAACAAACUGGUGUAAUUUAUAUGAAACUCGAGCAGGAUUUAGAAAACGAUCCGGUCGAAAAAAAGCCAAUACCGGACCCGGCCAUUUCACCGAGUAAUAAAGGUUUUGAUUUUUCGGUACCUUCCGUUAGUCACGAGGGCUUCAAUUUUACUACGCAAAAUUACACGCCGGAUACGGCCGAGUCCAUUGAGGGUUGUAAUACAAAUCCAUUUGUUUUCGGCUCGUAUAAUCAACAUGAUUCGCCAGGGAGCGAACGAUUUAUACCAGAAAAAGCUGACGGUACUCCAAAGUUCUCGAAACCUCAUUCGAAAGAAAGAGUGGCCAAAGAGCGGGAAAGAGAAGGUGGCGGAGGAAAAUUUAGCGUUCUUCAGAAAUGGUUACGAGGUGAUGAUAAAUGUCAUGGAGAAAAAAGAAGUUCUCCGGGCAGGGAUUUCUCCGAAUUUGUGGGCGUAUCUGUGAAGGAGCUGGUAAAAGCAAUGGGGGAAAGUCGUGCGAAUGGCAAUGGGGCGACACCGCCGGAAACACCGCGUCGAACGUCAAGAAGUUCCUCGCCGAAGAAUCCCCAAGGUGGAUCGCCGAGAUUUCACAGUCCAUCUUCUAGUCCGGUCCCAAUACCUGCUGGGUCCAGUCGACAGCCAGCCGUUUCUGGCAAUUGCCUCUUCCCUCCUGCUGCUAAUGCACCAGGUGGGAGAAGCGCGAUAGGAGGGGGAGACAGUAUGAGUAGCAGCCCUGUACUCUGCGGCUCCCCCCGAAGUGUCGGCCUCUCCCUAUUAGUAUCAGGAGGGAUGAUCGACAGCAUAACGUCGCAACGCCGUGGUUCGACGCAGAGCGACACAAGUGCCUUGGUUAGCAGUUUGACGAGAGAUCCAUCUCAGUCACCGAGCGGUAUCAGCACUACUGCCAAUACACGUGAUUUAUCACCGAGUCCAAGUUGCAGUUCUCUACACAUGAGAUCCGAGGGCAGCAUAGCAAGUCCGCCCGAUACUCCGAAAAAGGAAAAUGCCGAUCCUCAGGAAAGUCCGCGCAAAAUGUCUCAAGCGCAAACGCAGACGAGUCCCGAAAGCGCUACCACAGCUAUGAAGGGUCACUUUAGUAUCGGCUCAUCCGGAGUAAAAGACGAACGACACUCGCCGAAAAUGAGCAGAAGGGAUCACAUGAAGGCUGUGAAAACUAGAGCAAAACGUGCCAUGUCGCCGGCCAAUGCACAACAAAGUCCAAAUCCUAAUCGUGCUCUAAAUUUAAGUAGAGACAAAGUGAAGGAAGCGAUCAGUCCUUCCGUAGCAGAAUGUCUGAGGGCUGUUUUUGCGGCGUUUUUAUGGCAUGAAGGGAUCGUGCACGAUGCUAUGGCUUGCGCGAGUUUCCUCAAGUUCCAUCCGAAUUUACCGAAACAAGGUGCACUGGUUGUAACCAGGCAUACCGUUGUACAAUCCAGUGACAAGCAGCAACAAGAGCAAAAGGCACGGCAGAGACAUUCUGUCGAAGUGACGAAUGCCGGUAAUUAUUUGCACAUCCAACCUAGCACAUUAGAGACUCUCACGCGUUCAGCCGCGAACGCGAAUGCCAAUAGAAACAGGAAGAAGCAGGAGAAUACGCUCAAAGAAGAGAUUCAGGCAAACUCGGGCAAGCUCAGUUCUCUGCCCGAAUUUCACACAGUCGCGGUACUACCACCCGCGUUAAAGAGCCUAGUUUUUCUAUGGGAAGAACUUAGCACCAAUUGUUUGCAGGCCAUCGAACAACAGUCAAUUCUACCUAGUCCUAUAUCGCAGAUACAGACAAUGAAGCUGGCGAAACGGCCGAUACCAGAGAAACGUCCCAGAGAGGAUAAAGUGAAGGAACGCGAGAAGAAAAGUAGUCGGAAAAAGAAGGAAUGGAAACCUAUUGGUAGAGCGAAUACAUCUGAGGUUUUGGCGGGAAUCGAGCGCGAGACUAUCUGCGAGCUUUGUGGCCUGAUGUUCCCACAUCCAGUUACUUAUCACAUGAAGAUGAUGCAUCCAGGUUGUGGCUGGCACGCGGGUGGGAAAGGAUAUAAUAGCGGUGGAAAUUACUGCGUAGGGUGGGCAGGCAAUUGCGGAGAUGGCGGAGUUGGUGGUAGCUCGUGGUACUUAAUCUGUGACACAUGUAGAGAUAAGUACUUGAAGGCCAGGAAGAGCAAGUUUGCGAAGAAAUUUGUAAGCGGGAUUUCCAAGAGAAAAAAUGGCACGAGCAAAAUUCUGUCUCCGAUUAACAGUCCCAGUGGAAAUGAAACUCAUAUUAUAAUGAAAAAUAAUGCGAUGUUUCUACUGGAUUUGGCUAGCGCUUCUGGUUUCAAUAUUCCGAAACAGCAAAGACGACCUUCACAGACUUUAUCGUCGGUGGCGGAGAAUUAUAGUCCUCCAGAAGCCGCUGGGCCAUUUCCGCCAACAGGACCAUUCCAGUGUUUGCAAGCCUUAGGUGUUCAUCACUCACAAAGUCACGAUGAAAGAUAUUACGAAGAGACUCUGAGACGUGAAAAUGGACAACAAAAUAAUUAUGAAGGAAACAAUAGCACAUUCAAUAACACAAAUGGCAGGCCAUUAUCAGAGUAUCCAAUGAGUGAUAGUGACAAUGAAAGUAGCAAGAAUCGCAGCAUGUUCCAUAGAUCGGUGUCUAUGUCUACCGGUGCACCUUGGGCUAGAAAUAGUAACGAUGGCAGAGUUGUUAUGAUGAGGAAACGGAACAAUAGCAGUAGCGAAAUGAGUAAUGAAGCGGGUUCUUCGCUUUUAUGUUAUCCAUCUGCUGCACUUCAGAAAUUAGUACCAUCAAUGGAUCAAUCCGCAAUAGUAUCCACUAGUCAAACUGAAGUAGCAAGUAAUGAUCGAAUUGAGAUUCUCAUGAGACCUGUGAUGUUGUUCGUUCUUCAGCAACACAAUUUGCAACAUCUGCAGCUUGCGAUGAAGCAAGCAUUGCGUCGUGCCGCCUGUCGAGUUUACGCAAUGCAAGCAUUAAAUUGGCUUUUAAGAAGCGUAACGCAACCAAUUUGUUUGCACGAUUUAUUAUGGUGGUUCGUCUCAUCUCUUACACCGAUCGUUUCUUCUGACACUACAGAUGCAAAUGAUGAUGAUAAUAAAACAGAAAAGAAAGAAGAUCAUGAUACAAUCGGCGUCAGUGAGCAUCCUUUAUGUGAUUUAGUGAUAGCUGGAGAAUCUGUCAAUCCAUUACCUACAGUGUUUCACACCUUAUUGCAAACAAUUGCGGAUUUAAUGUUAUUACCACCUCUUGGAUCUCCAUUACAACAAGCUGCGAUUCGAUGCUGGGGUAUUCGAUUUACGCCAGCAGAUCACAUGUUUCUGCAUAGAAGUCAUGUAUUUAGUAACAUUAGCAAAAUUCUUUCUCGUUCCGAAGAAGAAGAGGAUGUGACGAUGAGUAUGCAUGAGAGCCAUCAGUCGACUGUUUCGCAACAGAUAAGCAGUUGUGUGGAAGUUUUAAAAGAUUUAACAUCUAGUGUCGAAAUCAAAGCUUCCAGUCGUCAAGCCAUGAUUGGUAGUCUAACGGACAAUUCAACGGAAACAUUUUGGGAAUCCGGAGAUGAAGAUCGUAAUAAAACUAAAGUGAUUACUAUCAUCUGUGGUGCUCAUACAUUGCCUAGAAUGUUGUACGUACACAUCGAUAACUGCCGCGAUUUAACACACAAAGUGUCAAGCGUGACUUUUCUGUCUGGAGUUAAUGCCGAUGAGAUGACAAAACUGAGAUCUGUAGAAAUUGAGAGCAGAUCAGCUGGAUGGAUUAAUUGUUCAAUCACUGACCAACGUCAUGUAGUCGUAGGCAUGGAAUUAAAGGGUCCAGAUAAUUCUUUGAGAGUACGUCAAAUCAGAGUGCUUGGUGAGAUCGAAGGAGGAUCUUUAAAAAUAGGAAAACAGCUAAGCGCACAGACUAUUCAGCAAAGAAAUUGCGAGGCAGAAACUUUGAAAGUAUUUCGUUUAAUUACUUCUCAAGUAUUUGGGAAACUUAUACAAGGAGACAAGCAACAACAGGCAGAAUCGACAGAAGGCGUUAACGAAGAUUUGGAGGAUAGUAAUGAUCUUCGAGAACAUAUGGUCGGAAUAUUAUUUAGCAGAAGUAACUUGACUCAUUUACAAAAACAAGUGUGUACUCAUAUCGUGCAAGCGAUUAGAAAAGAAACUAUACGCUUGAGAGAAGAAUGGGAGUUGCUUCUGUGUUCACCAACUCCCGUUAAUAGUCUGUUGAGUGACAACAGUGAUUUGCCGAAAGCGGCCGAUACUUAUUGCUUUGAAAUGCUUUCUAUGGUUCUUGCUUUAAGCGGAAGUUCUGUAGGGCAAUAUUAUCUAUCACAUCAGACUGGUUUACUAAAGGAUCUAUUAAGUUUAUUGCAUACCGGGUCAGCAAGAGUGCAGCGUCAGGUAACAUCUCUCCUAAGACGAAUAUUGCCAGAAAUUAAACCCGAAACACUAGCGAGCGUUAUAAACGUCGAACGAUUGCCCCCUACCGACUUCAGCAUCGUAUCCGCGGCAAAUAGCGGCUUCACUCAUGUUUCGGAUUUCAAUGAACAUUCUGCCGGGAUUCUCGACGUAUUUUUAAGCUGUAUUGCAAAAGCAUUGACUGUACAAGUUAAAGUAAAAGGAAAAGAUAAUGGCAAGGCACUUCAAAGCGCUUCAUUAGCUACUAGCAUUCAUCCGAAAAGUUAUGUCGGAACAAGAUGGUGGUUAAGAGGUUGCAUGACACGUAAAUUGGCAGAAGUGAUAAUUCAACUUUUAAAGGACAUGGCAUCGGGUAAAUUGUCGGAGGAAUGGGCAUCUAUAACGAAAGCGGCUAUAGCUGAAAAUAUCUUAAAUUUAACCAGAUUGGACGAAAAGAGUCGCGAUCCUACAGAAUGCCUGCGAUCCCCGAUACUGUGGUUAGCACUCGCCUCUUUGUGUGUUUUGGAUUCAGAUCACGUUGAAAGAUUAUCAUCUGGUCAAUGGAGUGGUUCUGAAGGGCAACCACUGCCACCUAGACCAACUUGUAGCAAUCACGAUGACGACGAAACCACAGCUAUUAUUCAAUGUAAUGUUUGUGGUAAUUUGUGCGCGGAAUGCGACAAAAUUCUACACCUUCAUAGAAGGACCAGAACCCAUCUUAGACAAGUGUGCAAAGAAGAAGAGGAAGCGAUACGAGUGGAUCUUCACGAAGGUUGCGGCAGAACGAAACUCUUCUGGAUCUUGGCUUUAGCGGAUAGCAGAACAUUGAAGGCAUUAAUAGAAUUUCGCGACGGUUCGCCGAGGAAACCGGUCGGCGCCACUACUGGUAUUUGCCGAUUUUGCGGCACUACGGGAAACACGGGUUUGCUAGCGAUAGGCAACAUUUGCGCCGAUCACGAUUGUCAGGAACAUGCCAAGAACGCUUGUAACAAGGUUCACUCUUGUGGUCACAUUUGCGGGGGUGUUAGAAACGAGAGAACUUGUUUACCUUGCUUGCAUCGUUGCUUACCAGGAACGGAUUUGAAACAGGAUGCCGAUGACAUGUGCAUGAUUUGCUUCACCGAGGCCCUGUCCUGCGCGCCGGCGAUUCAGUUGCAGUGCGGCCACGUGUUCCAUCUGCAUUGCUGCCGACACGUCCUGAUGAAGCGCUGGGUGGGACCCCGGAUCACCUUCGGUUUCUCUCUCUGCCCAAUCUGCAAAGUACCAAUGGAUCACCCAACGUUGUCCGAACAACUGGCAAGCGUGAAAGAACUCUACGAGGACGUACGAAGGAAGGCUCUAAUGCGCUUGGAAUAUGAAGGCUUGCACAAGGCCGAAGGAACUUUUGCACCCGGCGGUCGUUACCAAGACUCCGCUGUCUACGCGAUGGAGCGAUACGCUUAUUACGUAUGUUACAAGUGUCAGAAGGCUUAUUAUGGUGGCGAGGCGCGUUGCGACGCACAACUGGGCGGGGAGUCUUUCGACCCCGCGGAAUUAGUGUGCGGUGGCUGUAGCGACGUGGCAAGGGCACAGAUGUGUCCGAAGCACGGAGCGGACUUCCUCGAGUAUAAAUGUCGAUAUUGCUGCUCAGUGGCAGUCUUCUUCUGCUUCGGAACUACGCACUUCUGCAAACCCUGCCACGACGACUUUCAGCGUGUUACCACUAUCCCAAAGAGCGAGUUGCCUGUAUGUCCCGCUGGUUCCAAAGCAAAGCAAUUAGAAGGAGACGAAUGUCCAUUGCACGUGAAGCAUCCGCCGACCGGAGAAGAGUUUGCUCUAGGUUGCGGCAUCUGCCGCAACGCACAUACGUUCUAAGCUUCCAGCUUAUGAUUUUUAAUGAAAUUGACGCAAUUUAUAGCCAAAUAUGAGAAUGAAUUUGCGACGACACGCUUGUGAUGCGAGAGAGAUAUACUUGUUAAGUAAUAGAUAAGUCGUUUUUAUUAAUAAAUUUAAUAAUCAGCUCCCGACGAUGGCGGGAAGCUCGUCAACCUGCUUAUCAAACUUCCACAUAUGAAAGAGAAAGAAUUUCAUGUCGUGCAGGAUGUAAUACAUAUUUGUAAUAUCUAUUACAAAUGUAAGAAGAGAUAUUUGUAAUAUCUUUUAAUCAUUUAAGAUAAUUGCCUGUACUAUUUAUAUAAGAAGUAAUUGAUUCUUGAGUAUACAUAAAUGAUAUAUAAGUAAGUUAUUACAUAUGACGAAAGUGUAUGCUUAAGAAAGUACAUUAAGUUAUCACAAAUAUCAUUUAGACAUUAGAAAUGUAUGAAA